CAACUAUUCAUUGUUUACCAUUCACUUUACUCAAAACUUCGCUUCGCUCAAAAAUUCACUUCACUUCCCUCACAACUUCACCACACUUCGCCCCAAACUUCACCUCACUCAAAACUUCUACACUGAUAGUAAGCCGACACACUUCGCAAAUAGGUCUGAGGACAGUAGUACCGCAGAUCAUCCAUUCUCUGCUCUGCUACGGCAUCCGAGAUCUCUAGCGAGCAAUGCAGCAGUUUGUCCAUGGCAAACAAGGCGACGGUGCCAGUAAAGCGUCCUCCCGUAAUGCUAGUCGCAGACGUAUGGGAGAAAAUGCCAAAAUUCCCGUGACGACAAGGCUUGAGAACGCACAGCAAGCUGCUAGUCGUUCGAAUUCUCGGUCAUCCCAUCACUCACGACAAUUAGACCGAGGCCCUAUGGCCUAUAAUGCACCCGAUCCAUAUGGGACUGAUGCAGAAAGCAUCGAUACGACUCUGCCAGGAGCGUCUAUGGUUCAAGUCCUAGAUAGUCAGAGAACAGAUCCAGCGAAGCCAGGACCAGAUUCCACUAGUGAAGCCGACUCGGGAGAUGACUCGGGAGACGAAGGUGCAGAUGCCUAUGAAUUCAAUGAGGUGGAGCAGCAACUUCUUUCUGACGCUGGCAUGCAUGAUGCCUCAUUCGAAGAGCAGUGGGAAUACGUCAGGGAGCAGCAGCGUCAUCCCGAUAGAUACGGUUCCCCGUAUCCUACAACAACCUCGGGACGGCCAGGGAGCUCUGAUGAUUUCGAAGGAGUACAUGAAUAUGACGAGCCUGACAACCAUGCCAAUGCUUCUACCUCACCUCCAUUGCCCGUUCCUCAAGACAGAAAUACAGAGGUCAUUCAUCCCCACCCAGCCCGUCGUUCUCACCGUUCCCCCACUCCUACCCGUACUCCCAACAUUCGGGAUCCGACCCAGUUGUACAUCCAGGCCGCUGGCAUUCGCAAAUUAAAGGCGUCCGCAAACAAUGCCGUUGUUACACCUCGAUAUCAUCAGGAAGGCGUUCGGGAGCUAUCAAUCAACCCUCAUUCUCAGCCUGGCCAGUCUGGUACAUUCCCGGAACCAGUUAUGGCGUCAGGACAGCAUCGUAAUACGCAUAUUCAGAUGAUCGCUUCAAAUGGUAAUUUGCACAACGAAGAUGCUCAUCUUAGACGAGAGAUACCACUUUUGAGCGCAGAGCAACGCCUGCCUUCCCAAAAUACCAAGGCUACGGAGUUGCCUAUUCCUCGGUCUACCACGCCCUAUCAGUAUUAUGAUACCGGAAAGGAGGACAGAAUUGAAACCCAGCAAAAGCCUGUCGAGGACUACGAUUUAAAAGAUCUGUUCCAGAUGGACUACGAACAGUUGUCGAAGGAGGAUUUCGACACCAACCCUCGCGCAGAUGCGCCCGUGCUGUCCGAGAACAUGCAACAGAAGCCGCUAGCGGAGCGACUCCAAUAUGUUCAAAAGAACCUGGACCUUAAGAAACAAAGCGAGUUCUUCACUGGUUUACCAACAAACGAGUGGGAAGACGCUGGAGACUGGUUCUUGGAACAGUUCACCAAUAUCAUUCAGCGCACGAAAGAGGCAAGGCAAACCAAGCGUAAAUUCGCUCGAAAGCUCGAAGAUGAAAUCGAAGAACGACACAAGCAUGUUGCAAAGAAGCAGCAAAUCGUCAAAGCUGCCAUGGACAGCAUGAAGAGCAAGGGCAAUCAACUCAUUCCUAACAGCCCUCGGCGUUCAAAAAGCAAGAGUCCGGCUCCCAAACGCCACUAAUUGAUAAGGAUACCAUGCAAAGAUGGUACAAAAAAUCAUGAUCACGAUGUCAUACGCAACUUUGCCUUCUGUUUCGAUGAUUGAAAAUGGCGACGCAAUAUUGCUGGAGCAUUUGUACAGUGUUAACGCUUAGUCUUUGUUAUAUACCCCUAUAUGUAAGCAUGAUUAGAAAGGAAUGCAGCCAUACGUAGAGUUUUCCCCAGAUGAGAUGAGACUUUCA